AUGGGCUCCGAGCAAAACGACAGCACUAGCUUCUCUCCAUCAGAGCCGAAGCUCUGCGUCAAUGGCUGCGGCUUCUUCGGAUCUCCGUCGAACAUGAACCUCUGCUCCAAAUGCUACCGAGACAUCCGAGCCACGGAGGAGCAAGCCGCAUCGGCUAUGGCCGCCGUCGAGAAAUCGUUAAAACCCAAUAAACCCAAAAUCCAACCGCAGCAGAGCCAGGUGAUCGCUCCCAGCGUCGAAUCUGGGUCGAGCGGCGGUGAUUCGGCGGCAGCUUCAGUAGAUCCGCCGAAAUCGACGGGGACGACGAGGUGCUUGAGCUGCAACAAGAGAGUGGGCGUGACGGGUUUCAAGUGUAGGUGUGGGAGCACUUUCUGUGGGACCCAUAGGUAUCCGGAGAGCCAUGACUGCGAGUUCGAUUUCAAAGGAGCGGCGAGAGAGGCGAUUGCUAAGGCCAAUCCGGUGGUGAAGGCUGAUAAGGUCGAGAGGAUUUGA